CAUAAGUGCAGGCAGCGCGAUGACACAUGUUCAUGAUGAAUUUGAUGAAUCAAUAUUCUUCAAGGUAAAUGAUGUUUACAUACAAAAAGUUUGAAUAUGACUUUUAUUAAUAAAAUGAACGAUAAUGUUUCCAUAACACAUCUGAUCAAUUCUUGCAGGAAGACUUUUCAUACAUGGCUUUACUAAAUGGAGAUAUCGACAUGAACUGCUCAUCAUCUAAUAUAAAUAUAAAGGAUAAAACAAUAGUGGAUGGUGAAGGACAAUCUACAAGUUCGACAUACGAAAACAAUACAAACAAAGAGGACCAUGAACAAAAUCCAUGGAACUCAAGUUUAUUUGAUGACAUGCAACUCGAUGAGGUUGUUGAUGAAGAUGAGCAACAAGAAGAAACACAUAAACAAGACUUUGACCAUACAUGGAAUCUGGAUGGGAAGAACAGUAACAAUGCUGAAGAUGGUGAUGCAGGGGAAAGACAACCUGGCAGAGCAGCUGCAAAUGGUGAAGAAAAAAACAAAAACAUAUCUGAGGAAGAUGUGGAUAUAUUCUUACAAAAUGAAUAGCAAGGGGCAGACCAGGACAAUGACCAGCAAAAUGAAGCAGGAUCUUCAACAAGAAAUGAAUAUGUAAUGCCAGUGAAAGGGAUGGAAUUUCAAUCAAGAGAGGAAGCUCAGAACUUCUUGAACAUGUAUUCAUAUGCUGUUGGCUUCUCGAUAGCUGUGGUGUCAGUGUACCGUACAACUAGCAAAAAAAGGAAAAAUGAGAUCACAAGGGCGACUCUCAAGUGCAAUAAACAUGGACA